CAAGGGUUUCUACAUAGUGGGAAGUCGCGGGGCACGGACAACAAAAACACUACACUUCAUCAUCUACCCCUCUCUGUCUCUCUCUCUCUCUCUCUCUCUACCCUUUGGGAGCUCGCUUUGGUUCCACUGAUGGAUUCGAGCUGUUGAUUCCUCCACUAAAGUAGAAAAGGGGAGGGGGGGUUCGGUUUCGGUCUCAGUGGAAGUGUGUCAAUAAUAGCUUUUUGAUUUGUGCUUCCCGAUUCCUCUCUCUUUCCACUUGCGUUCGAUCGAUCGACCCUUUUGGCUCCACUUUCCAGAAAGUCAGCUCAGCUGCCCGGAAAAGAGAAUCCGCCUCUCUCUUCCUGCUUGCUAGGGUUUCUUGCUUGUCCGGGAAAGAUCGGGGAUUUGAAACAGAGGAGCAGGGACUGUUGCAGUUUCAGUUAACUUCACACUAUGGACCCAUCAGGAAAUGGGAACACAGCCCAAAUGCCCUAUGGGAUGAACCAGUACCAACCCAACCAAGUGGGGUCAGGUCCCUCACCACCUCCAGCCCAGCCCCCGGCCACUUCGGCCCAACACCAGCUCGCGUACCAGCACAUUCACCAGCAGCAGCAACAGCAGCUGCAGCAGCAACUCCAGAGCUUCUGGGCCAACCAAUGCCAGGAAAUCGAGCAUACUACCGACUUCAAGAACCACAGCCUCCCGCUGGCUCGAAUCAAGAAGAUCAUGAAGGCGGACGAGGACGUCCGCAUGAUCUCUGCAGAAGCCCCCGUGGUCUUUGCCCGAGCAUGCGAGAUGUUCAUCCUGGAGCUGACCCUCAGGUCAUGGAACCACACGGAGGAGAACAAGAGGCGGACCCUACAGAAGAAUGAUAUUGCUGCCGCAAUCACGAGGACGGACAUAUUCGAUUUCUUGGUCGACAUUGUCCCCAGGGAGGACCUGAGGGAAGAGGUAUUGGGCCCAGUGGCAAGAGGAGGAUUAGGAGUUGGAGGUGCGGGGGGUGUCCCUGUUGGGGCUCCUGCCGAGGGAGUCCCCUACUAUAUGAUGCCACCACCUCAGCAUGGGGCUCCCCAGAUUGGAGGGGUCCAGGCUCUCUACGGGCAGCAGCCUCGACCUUAUAUGGGCCAGCCCAUGUGGCCUCAACAACAGCAGCAACACCCCGCUGAUGAGACCUGAGCAGACAGGUCGAAUCGAGCUAGUUGGAUCUGAGGAUGGAGAAGUUAUUGGUUGCUCUAGAACCACUUGUUUGUCCAUGCUCCGAGCCGCUAGAAGCUUGACUGAAAUCCAUGUAGGUAGAAAAGAACAUGGAUGUCGAUGUCGAGUUUCUCUUUGCUUAGAACAUGGACAAGUUAGUGUUCUGCUAGCCUUAACUAAGAAUGUUCAGGAUAAUGUUUUGGCCAUGGUUGUGUGGGUCAUAGAUAGCAUGUCUCGCAGAUAGUGAUUCAUGCUGCAUCGAUUACUGUAAUAAUCAGAUCGGCAUUAGGCCAUGGUAUCUGUAUAUAUAUGCAUGUACGUAUGUAUGAAUAGUGUGGGCUUUUAUAAUGCUUUGCGUACGAUAUACCUAUGUAGCUCUAAAGCAUCUGGCGUCCUAUCACACAAA